CGCAAAUGUUCUACAUUCUAUCGUGCUUCGUAAUUAAAGCCAAUCUACAAGCGCAGAACAAAGGGUAAGAAACAAAAUGGCUGGCGCUAAUGAUAACAACACAGGACAGGUACUUACAACGACAUGCACAUUAUUUCCAAAUCUAAACGAUCAGACUGUGAUGACGUAUAAGACCAUUGGGCCCUCUAAGCUGAUCAGUGAUGAACUGUUGAGCAUCAUUUCUGUUGUGGUCAAGUCAGCCUUGUACCAAAUAUUUAGCGCUUUCGGCAUGACGACCAACUUUUUGAACCUGGUUGUUUUCAGGAAAAUGGGCUUCAGGGAUACGGUCAACGUUUCGCUGUUCGCACUGAGCGUCUCCGAUUUUUGCAGUCUGGCGUCUCUCUUCUGGAUGGGGAUCUGCUACAAUCCGAUUUUUGCAGACUCGGAAAUCAGCAUCGACUCCAGGGGUAUCCAGUACAUUACGGGGGGUUGGCCUAAGUUUUACUUCACAAGGGUGAGCGGUCUGAUCACAGCCUACGUAACCUUCGAGCGAUGCCUCUGCACGACCAUGCCGCUGAAGGUCAAGUCCAUCGUGACUACAAAACGAGUCCUGGUGGUUGUUAUCUGUUUGUACCUGACCGUCGCCAUGUCCAUCGCUCCCAUCUACGUGUCGACUCACAUCGUUUGGAAGUGGUACCCAAACAAGAACAGGACACAGCUGGGACUCGUGUUUUCGGCCAACCGAGAAACCAUCAACAGCAUUACAUUCAUUCUCAAUGGAGUCCUAUGCAACGGCUCCUUUUUCUUCGUGGUUCUGUGUACCGUGGUGCUUGUCACAAACUUGAAAAAAUCGAUGCAGUGGAAGAAAACAUUCACCAGACAGAAGGAUAAGAAGGGGGGUAAGGAGAACAAAGCGAGCAAGAUGGUGACGUUGGUCGCUGUGGUUUUCAUAUCGUGUCUGUUCCCCGGGUCGGUUUUCUCCCUUGCCAUGUACGCUGUCCCUGAGAUGAACGCCGGGGAGUCGCAGCAGAAUCUGUUCUUUGCUUUAGCCUCUUUGAUCCACAUCACCGAGGCCUUCAACGCAUCUAUCAACACAUUCGUCUAUCUGCAAAUGAGCUCCAAAUAUAUGCAAACCUUUCGCCAGUUAUUU